CACUCUUACCGUUUCUUUAUCUCCGCAUCAAAAUUUCUCUUCUUUUUCUUCUUUCUUCAUCUGUGUAUGAGCAGCUUCAAGCAUGUUUCUAUCUUUUGCUUAAUGAAGCAAAAGAAUAAUGCAAAAGAAAGAAGAUAACACAGAAACAAAUAUACAUCUCAGUUUUUUUGUCUCUUCUUCUAUUUUUACUAUAUUUCGCUGAAGUGAAUCUUGUUUGUAUCUUCAUCAUCCUCGUCUUCAUGGGGAGGGGCAGGGUUCAGCUCAAGAGAAUAGAAAACAAGAUCAAUAGACAAGUGACAUUUUCGAAGCGGAGGUCAGGGUUAUUGAAGAAGGCACAUGAGAUCUCCGUGCUUUGUGAUGCUGAAGUAGCGUUGAUAGUCUUCUCCACCAGAGGCAAACUCUUCGAAUACUCUACUGAUUCAUGCAUGGAAAAGAUCCUUGAAAGGUAUGAAAGGUAUUCCUACUCCGAUAGGCAGCUUCAACCAAAUGAUAUUAACAGUCCGGGAAGCUUGGCUCUUGAGCAUGCAAAGCUGAAAGCAAGGUUGGAGAUUCUUCAAAGAAAUCAAAGUAAUUUUAUGGGACAAGAGCUGGACUCCCUGAGUCUCAAAGAGCUUCAAAGUUUGGAGCACCAGCUUGAUUCUGCUCUUAAGCACAUACGCUCAAGAAAGAAUCAACUCAUGGUUGAAUCCAUCUCGGAUUUUCAGAAGAAGCACAAAUUACUCCAGGAGCAAAAUAACUUACUCUUAAAGAAGGCGAAGAAGAUGGAGAAGAAUUUGGCCGAACAAGCGCAGUGGGAGGAGCAAAAUGAUGUCCCGAACUCACACUCUGAACUUCCAAUGGAGCCAUUUAACAACAGCGGCUCAUACCAAGUGGGAGAGGGCAAUGGAGGAGAAGAUGAUGACAAUCCACCAUAUCGAGUGGACGGAGUGCUGCUCCCAUGGAUGCUUCCUAAAUGAAUGAAA